GCCUUCUGUCGUCGAUCAAUAUGAAGUUCCUUGCAGUGAGCGUCCUGGCAUAUGCCCUGGUGGCACAAGCAGACGUACUACCCAUAAUUCCUCAGGUUGGCAAAGUUGGUCACGCGGUAGCCGCUGGAGUAGCCACCAGUGUGGGACUUGGUGCCGCUGCUACUGUCCAUGCGGCAGUUCAUGGCGCUAAAAAGGUUGGCGAAGCAGUCGUCGGUACUGGCUUGGGAGCCUUGGAGUUGGGCAGUGGUGUUGCUUCCGGAUUAAAGAAUGGCAUCUCUAAUGGCAUUCACGGAUCGAGCUUGGGAUUUGAUGAACGUAGUGGCCGGCCGGGAGUUAUUGACCGCCUAGAAAAACCAUGGAAGGAAGGUCCCGUCGAUAAUACAAACGAAAGCAUGAAAACGGAAUAUGGAGGUGUCAUUGUUGACAAACUACACAACGACUUCCACAAGCACGAUAAACGCGAUGACGGCUUCGAAUACGGCAGCCACGAACAUAAUGCGCUGAAAAGACAUGUACAUGGCAUACACCACGACUGGCGUAGGCACGUACUCGUAAAACGUGACAGUCGUAAGCGCAGCCAACAAAAAUGAAAGUCAGAAACGCGUAGCGGUAUAGCAAUCAUGCGAGAAAAAAAACCGCACAGAGAAUGAAUCAAAAAAAUAUAAACCCCUAAUAAAUGCAUUAUAAAAAAA